AUGACAGCUAUAGAACAGGCAGAAGAAAUACAGGAAACGAUGGAACAAGUUUUGAGGGAAGAAUGUCAACGGAUGGAAGAAGAAGAACCUUUACCUCAAGUACAGCAGCUUCUACAACAGCAUGAAGAGGAAGUAAACGCACUGAAGGCAAGGAUCGCAAUGUUGGGGCAACAGAUGGUCAAACCGGAACAGAUGCCACACCAGGACGAGACCAAAGAAAUGCCUUAUCAGAGUGAUAUGGAAAUGCUAAUUAAAGAAAACCAAGACGACAAAAACCCAGCCCAGAACCUUGACGAAGCAAGCAAGGACACGAGCAAGUCCUCGAAGGAGCACGAGAAGAGAGCCGAUGUCAAGUUUCUCAUAGAAUACGAAGCAAAGAAGCAAGCGUUAGAAAAGAUGGAAAAUGCUCUCAACUCCUUCCCCUACCGCCGAUACACGCAGUACUCGGAAGGUGUCGAACCAUGGCGCACCUGUAUUUUCUGCGGUGCUCGAGCAGCGCACUAUUCCGCCUCUUGUCCAACGGUUCGAAACGCGAUAGACCGCGAACAAAAGGCCGAUGAAGGAAGGAGGGCCUGUUGCUACUGCAGCAAAAUUGAAGGAACCCCGUUUGAAGAUGUAAUACCUCACGACAAGGGCCACCAUCGAGCAUUAUGCCCCGUCACAGACGCAAAGUGGAGGAUCGAAGCCAGGGUGCAAGCAGCAGUUCGCGAAUUACAGGAGAUGGAAGGAAAUCGACAUUCACGGCUGGGAAUGUCGCGGCAUUAA